AUGGCGGGAACUCCUGCUUUGAAACCGGAGGAGUUUGUUUGCGAGCCACCGAUGAUAACUCGCCACACCUCCAAGAUGUUCGUGAUGGAGGGUCAGGAGGUCAGCCUGCGCUGCAAGUCCAUCGGAGAUCCUGAGCCGUCCACGCAUUGGGUCAGCCCUGAAGGAAAGCUGAUCGGCAACACGUCCAGAACCAUCUGCUACGAGAACGGCUCGCUGGACAUCCUCAAGGCCUCGGUCAAGGAUUCUGGAAAGUUCACGUGUAUAGCGUCCAAUGCAGCCGGGGAGGCCACUGCCCCAGUUGAGUUGGUCGUCAACCCCUCGCCGCACUUUGACCCCAAACUGGACCCCGACCCGGGGCCUUCGGACAUCCCCACGUCCAUCAAGUCCAACGCCAGCGGCGGCCAGGCGCGGUCCGAUCAGCAGAGGGUCAGCGUGUCGGAUCUAACGUCCGGCUCUGCCACCAUCAGAUGGCCCCCGCAGAACCACAUACCAGGGGUCCGUAUGUACCAGAUCCAGUACAACAGCUCCUCAGAUGACAUCCUCAUAUAUAGGAUGAUCCCAGCCGACCACAAGUACUUCCUACUGAGUGACCUGGCGUCGUCGCGGGACUACGAGCUGUGUGUGCUGGCCGUCUACGAUGACGGCAUCACCGCCCUGACAGGCACCAAGCUGGUGGGCUGCGUGUCCUUCUCCACGGAGACGGAGUACGGCCGCUGUCACUCGAUACGGGACCAGUUCCUGGGAGGUACCAUGAUCAUCAUCAUCGGGGGGAUCAUCGUCGCCUCUGUCCUCGUCUUCAUCUUCAUCCUCCUGAUGAAGUACAAGCUACACAGUAACCACUACAAGCAGAAAGCGGCCGCGCGCCACGCCAACGUCUGCUCCCAGACCAACGGAGGGGGCGGAGGGGGAGCCAACAUCCCGCCUCCGUCCUCCACCUCUGCAGGGCAGGGUGGAGGUGCUAAUAAAAACUCCCAACCGUCAUCGUCAGCGGAGGGGAUGGGAGCUUCUCUUCGGGGGACGACUGUAGUAGACUUAAAUCCCACCCACGACGAUGACGCCAUCUCCCAAUAA